CCGCGUAGCUAGGUGGGGGAGGCUGAGCCGGGCGCCAGCCAAGGCAGGAAGGGAGGUGGCUGCCGAGCCAUUCUUAAAGGGGCCCGAGAGAUCCUGCAGCGACGGGCCGCUGACGGCCGGAAGGAAAAUGAGUGAGUCUUUGGUGGUUUGUGAUGUUGCUGAAGAUUUAGUGGAAAAGCUGAGAAAGUUUCGUUUUCGAAAAGAAACCCACAAUGCUGCCAUUAUAAUGAAGAUUGACAAAGAUAAACGCCUGGUGGUUCUGGAUGAAGAACUUGAGGGCGUCUCCCCAGAUGAACUUAAAGAUGAACUGCCUGAGCGGCAACCUCGAACCUUCAUUGUGUAUAGUUAUAAGUACCAGCAUGAUGACGGAAGAGUCUCUUACCCUCUGUGCUUCAUUUUCUCCAGCCCUGUUGGGUGCAAGCCUGAGCAGCAGAUGAUGUACGCAGGGAGUAAGAACAAGCUGGUCCAGACCGCUGAGCUGACCAAGGUAUUUGAAAUAAGAAACACUGAAGACCUAACUGAAGAAUGGCUACGUGAGAAACUUGGAUUUUUCCACUAGUGUGAACUUCUGUGUUUCUAAAGUAUUUAUGUAUUAACCUGACCAUACUGGAACCAGACAUAAAUAGUUAAUUUAUGCCUCAGAAUGCACUGUUACUUACAGUUUGUUUCCUGCAGUAAAGAAAACGUCUUCAUUUGUGCAGUCUGAACAAAGGGGAAAUCAUCUUCAUAGUAACGGAACUUUGUGACUGUGGCCUUGUGUUUGUCAUUGUUAGCUGGAACUUUUCUCCAGGGCUGAUAUGCAUCCUCAUGACUAAUUUCUGUGAUUAUGGUUCAGAAUGUACUGUUUGCAGUGGGUAUUAGGCUAUGGUAGACAGCAGGUCCUCCGUUGACCACCCCUGGGCACGGGCAGUCUGUAAGUGCAGAUAGUGUUCCAUCACUUGUCACGCCAUCCAGGUUCCUUUGGGCUAAUGUCUCAACCUGGCCGAUUUUGAGCCAAGAGCAGUGAUUUAGUAGAACCUCUGUUGCACUUUCCAUAAGUUUUCCUUCUUUCUUGGUAUCCUGUAGCUUUGUAAUCAAGUGUAGAAACUAUAUCAAUCACUCAUUCUUAUGGUCUGUGAGUUGGAUUUUAUGGUAGAGUUAGGAUUAUUAGGUUUUCUUCUUAUGAGAAAUAGAAUCCUAGUCUUAGAAGCUGGUGAGUUAUAUAAUCAAGGGCUUCAUUCCUGAUUAUGUCACUGAUAGGGAACUUGGAAUGUGGCUUGGUAACACUAUAAAGCACCUCCUAAUGUCUUGUGAGCACCGUUUUAAAUAUGUUAAUACUGUGCCUUUGAUUUGUCAGCAUUAACAUUAGUUUAAGACCUCUACACUGCCAGUAUUCUAAAUUUGGCGAAAUUAAUACUUUUUUAAAAGGUUCAAGUAAAACAAUUUUCUAAUAUGUAUAACUGAAGUUUGUAAUAAAACCAACUUGUUAUUUUUAAAAUUCCAA